GCAAAUAAAUGAUGAUUCUUUUCAUCUCAACCGCAUGAUUUCCAUUUCCACUGCAAAAUUAUCAAUCUCCAUCUCCUUACAAUUCCAACAACACACCAUCCUCCGUUUUAAUUCCCCCGUCAGUUAUGAUGACGUGGCAUACCCUCGUUUAACCACACUCGAUAAUCAUAACGGCGCCGUCAAAUUUCCCGUUUUGAGAUUCCCCCGUCACUAUUAACGGAGACUGGACCACACCACCACCACAACCAGUCCCACACAUUACCCACACCACUAUGAAAAAGCAAUUAUCCAAUCUCAACCGUUGAAUCCCUUUCGUCAUUAUCACAAAUUUUCGUCGUCUCCGUACUACACGCGCGCAUCAACACUCUCUCUCACACACCACCACACCUACCUUCUCUUUCUCUCUCUUUCUGAAAAAUCGCAGAAAGCACUAACACCUGAAAAGUGAUUGUGAGGUGUGUGGAAUCGCAGUCUCAGAAGCACGUACUUGCUGAGUUAAAAUCAAUGGAGAUGGUUCAGGUAGGUGUCAGGACACGAGCUCAAGCGGCAUUAGCCAUGGAAGCUUCUAGUUCAGCUGCACGAACUACAAAGAGAAGAAGAAAAUUCAACAACAGAAACAAAACGCAUAAAUUCUCAACCGCUUCGAAUUCGUCCGCAUUCGUUCACCUCAAAAGUCGAACCAAGACGGCGACGGUUCUACCGAAGCCGGAAACGGAGGAACAGUCAUCCGGUGCUACAUCCGACGAAGAAUUUCCAACGUCGUGUUGUUCAAGCAAUGGAUCCGUAGGACUCGAUGAAGAGAGGAUCAAAUCGUUAGAUCUGGAGGUGGAGAGCGCGCAAGUUGAAACGUCGACGUGCAAUUGCGGUGAAGAAAUUGAGAGGAGAGAGAUGAGUCGUUCAAGCGAACUUCAAGGAAAUUCUCAAGAAUUGGAGUCAAUGGAGACUAACUCUCACCGUCCGAAAAAUAUGCCAACGGAAUUGGAGCUUGAUGAAUUUUUCGCGUCUGCUGAGAAAGACAUUCAGAAAAAGUUUCAAGACAAGUAUAAUUAUGAUAUUGUGAAGGACGUUCCCUUGGAAGGACGCUACGAGUGGGUUCAGUUGAAGCCAUGAACGUUAACAUUAAUAUGCAUCAUCUUGCUUUGAUUCAUAUUCUCAGCACGGAGAAAGAAACUGAUUGGUUCGAAUUUGCAACUUUGCUGACUUUUUCUUAAUUUUUUUAGUUUAGGUAUUUGAAAUUUGAAUUCAAUCUAUCUAUUAUGUCAGCUUGAGAGUUAAGACUCUUUUAAUUUAGUGUACAGAUUUAAUAUCUGGGAUUGGGAUGUUGUUUAUGGUUAAGAAGAAAAAAUUAACUCGUUGGUUCUUUUAAUUGAUUUUACGGAGUAGAGAGCAAGCUUGUGCAGAAUUUCUGUAAGGUCACUCAAUGAAGAACAAACGAUUUUCCAUAACAAACUUCCAUAUUUUCUC